AUGUCACAGGAAUACAAACUCAAGGGGGUUGGCUCGCUCGCGCUGAAGCCCGGCGAGAAGCAGGAGGUGGAAGUCGAAGGGCUUGAGGCCAAGGUGCUGCUCCUUAACGCCGGCGGAACGGUGCAGGCGGUCGGGCCCAAGUCUUGCUUCAAUGCUAAGACCGGCGAUGUCGAAGAUGCUCCUGCUCUGAACGCUCUGCCUGUCUUCAAAGCGAUCGAGCGGGAUGGCGCCGUUUACAUCACUGGAGACGCCGAGACCAUCAAGCGAGGACAUCGCGCGCCCGAGUUCAAGGGAAGUGCCACUGGUGGCGACAAAACCCUGGUCGUGGGGGGCGGAUCUGGGGCACUGGGCACCAUUGAGGGAUUGCGUGGGGGUGGCUACCAAGGAAGUAUCACGCUCAUCUCCAACGAGGGCUAUCUACCCAUCGACAGACCGAAGCUCAGCAAGGCCCUCAUGACGGAUCUCGGAAAGUUACAGUGGAGGGACGAGGGUUGGUACAAGAGCCGUAGCGUGGACAUUGUCGACGAUGAAGUCAACGGGAUCGACUUCGCGGCCAAGACGGUUGCGACCAAGUCUGGAGCCAAGUUUGCUUAUAAUAAACUUGUGCUUUCAACGGGUGGGACGCCCAGGCAGCUGCCGCUGCCGGGGUUCAAGGACCUGGGCAACAUCUUCACGCUACGUAACGUCCACGACACGAAACGGAUUGUCGGCGCCAUCGGGGACAAAGGCAAGAAGAUUGUCGUUAUUGGGUCGUCCUUCAUUGGCAUGGAGAUCGCCGUGGCCACGUCUAAUGGCAAUGACGUGACGGUUGUGGGCAUGGAGAAGGCGCCGCUCGAACGGGUCCUCGGUGAGAGGGUAGGCAAUUUUAUCCGGAAAGGCGUCGAAGGGAAAGGCGUCAAGUUUUACAUGUCGGCGGGUGUCGAAAAGGCCGAACCAUCGGCGUCCGACCCUUCCAACGUCGGUUCGGUUCACCUAAAAGAUGGGACGACGCUCGAGGCCGACCUUGUGAUCUUGGGCGUUGGUGUCGCCCCCGCGACCGGAUAUCUCAAGGGCAACGACGCGGUCCAGCUUGAGCAAGACGGGAGCUUGAAGGUGAACGAGUCCUUCUCGGUGGUUGGGCUCGAGGACGUGUAUGCGAUUGGUGAUAUCGCGACACACCCUUACCGUGGCCCGGGAGGGGAGGGCAAGCCUGUGCGCAUCGAGCAUUGGAACGUUGCUCAGAACUCAGGCCGGGCUGCUGCGAGCCACAUCCUCCAACCAAACCACACGCCCGAGUUCUAUACGCCGGUGUUUUGGAGUGCCCUUGGAGCCCAGAUGCGGUACUGCGGCAACACCAUGGCCAGUGGCUGGGACGAUGUGGUGAUCCAGGGAGAUCCGGAGCAGGGGAAGUGGGUGGCGUACUACGCGAAGGGAGAGACUGUGGUGGCAAUGGCAAGCAUGGGCAUGGACCCAGCGAUGGCCCAGUGCGCGCAGCUCAUGUCACUCCACAGAAUGCCUACCAAGGCCCAGCUCCAGGGAGGCUUGGACAUCUUGAGUGUUGGGCCGCCGCAGUCGGCAGUUACGGUGGUGGCCCUGUUCAUUCCGCUUGGGCUCCUAUCUAUGUUGGUCAUCGCCAUUUAUCGUCUUACCUUUCAUCCGCUGGCUCAAGUGCCUGGGCCAAGAGCCGCCGCCGUCUCCAACAUCUGGCAGGCCCGCCAUGUGCGGGAUGGACGGGCUCGGGAGUUGGGAAAAACACUGCAUAAGAAAUACGGACCUGUGGUUCGCGUCGGCCCCAACGAGGUGUGGUUGAACUCCGGAGACGCGUUUAAGAAUAUCUAUAGUGCUGGGAGCGGCUACGAUAAAUCCGACUUCUACCUGGCCACGGCCCUAAACAAACCCAGAUUCGACUGGAGGCUCAACGCGCACUUCCCCGACACACUUGACUUCCUUUCCGAGUUUGAUGUCAAUCGGUACAGGUUGCAGAGGCGGCUCAGCGGGCCUUUAUACUUGGCAUCGAACAUGAGGAGAUUUGAUUCGGCCGUCGAGAACGUUACCAAAGCUGCGGUUGCCGAGUUGAAAGCCCUCAAGGGCGCCGAGGUCGACCUGAAAGAGUGGAUGCACAUCAUCGCCGUUGAGUGUCUCGGAGCCGUCGUGCUCUCAUGGUCACCCAAGUAUCUGCAAAACCGUUCGGACGGUGGCACCAGUACCCAGAGCUAUCUCGGUUGGAAACGAAAGAGCGUGUUCGGGUUGUUUCCAACUGUCACCAAGAUCUCUUUCAUUUCCAAAACCUUAAGCCGGGUCUUCUCUAACAUCUGGGGAGUGACAUUCAAGACACCGAAAAACUUUAGGCCUUUUUUCAUACCGGUGUACCGGAAAGCGUCGAAGAGAAUAGCAAAUGCACUUCGAAACGCCCCUCAGCGAGGCGCUGAAAAGGCAUCAGGCGAUGAUUUGCUUGAGGAUCUAAUCAACCUCCACAAGGAACGUCCCGCUUUCAAAGAAGCCUACUUGCGCCGCCUUGCCGUUACUAAUUUUGGUGCUGGCCAUGAAACAAUGUGCUCGGCACUUACCGCGGCCAUGGCCAUGAUUGGAACUCACCCCGAAGUUCUACGCAGAGUAGUUGAGGAAGUCCGCGACACAGCCAGCUCACCAGCUUACGACAAUACUAGUGCUCAUCUCCCAUACACACAGGCAAGUAUCAAGGAAGCCCAGCGCCUAUAUCCAGUCAUUGGAAUGUCACUUUCACGCAGGGUUCCACGAACCGGUUUGGUUCUUCAUGGCCACUUCUUCCCGCCCGGCACUACUGUUGGAUGCAACCCCGCCGCGUUGCAUAGGAAUACCGAUUUGUUCGGUAAUGACGCGGGCGAAUACAGACCGAGCAGGUGGUUACAAGACGAAAACCCCGACACGGUCCGCGCGAUGGAGAGGACAAAUUUAACCUGGGGAGGCGGGAUGCGGACCUGCCCCGGGAGGCAUCUCGCGGAACUAGUCCUGCACAAAGUCGUCCCCGCGUUGAUGAAGGAGUUCGACUUGGAGAUUACGGCUUUGCCGGAGGAAGAAGAAAUGCCGUGUUACUUUAUGGCGAUGAUAACGGGGGUCAAGGCAAGGUUCGUAGCUGUAGAGUAA